AUGGCUGAGCAGAUGCCUCCCGGCACUGUCCGGCUAACGGCGACAAGAGACUCGACCAUCAAGAUCAUCUUCCACCCGAAACCGACAGACGACUACGAUGACCCGCUGAAUUGGUCGUGCUGGCGGAAAGCCUUGCACUACUCAGUCGUUCUUUUCUACGUAAUGGUCACAUUCUCAGCCCUGAGUGUCGACCAUGGCGCCUGGCCGGAGCUCCAACAAGACCUGAAGCUGAGUGACGGGGACAUGUCCAUAGUCGGCACUCUUGAAUACGCAGGACUCGGUCUCACCGGCAUCGGCCUUAUCCCGCUCGCCUAUCGCUACGGUCGACGGCCUAUCUUCCUGCUCAGCGUGGCAAUCCAGUUUGCGUCGGCUGUGGGGUCCGCCGUCAUAUCGGACAAAGCAGGGAAUCUGGUCACCGAUACACUUGUGGGCGUUGGGGCGUCCGUCGCCAUGACCAUCGUGCCGAUGACGAUUGCAGAUCUGUUCUUUGUGCACCAAUUCGCGACCAUGAGCGGUCUGUUCAUGUUCGCGCAGAGCAUCGGCGCCUUCCUCGGCCCCACGAUUGCCGGGUUCUUGGUGGACCUCAAGGGCUGGAGAUGGAUGAGAUGGGGGAACGCGAUCGCCUUGGCAGUCAACUUUGUCGUGGUGCUUUUCCUGCUGGAGGAGUCCACGUUCGUUCCCAACACCAGAGGUCACUCAGACAUCAAGACCAAAGCGAAAGAACCCGAGUCGUUCUACAACAGGCCAUACAUCCUGUUCACGAAGGAUGAUGAGCCAAUGGAUAUUGUCGACAUGAACCGCCUGAUGACGCCCCGAGCCCCGCCCCGCGCGCCCGAACCAAGCCUCGACUUGCCUCCCGAGCCGAAGUCAUUGAGGGAGCGAUUCGCCCUGAUUACCAACACCCAAAGACCGAUCAAGGAGCGAUUCCUGGCACCCUUCGUCAUUCUCAUCAGCUUCCCCGCCGUUGCAUACACGGCACUGACGUACGGCGGGACGAUGGCAUGGCUGGAGAUGAUGCAGUACAUCAUGCUGACGAGGCUGGAUAGCCUCCCGUACAAUUACAGUCCUCAAGAGGUUGGAUUGUUCAACUUGGCUCCAUUCCUGGGCCAUCUUUUGGGCUGCCUGGUGGUGGCACCACUUAGCGACCGCUGGAUUGUCCGACUCGCCCAUAAGAAUGGCGGUAUAUAUCACCCGGAGAUGCGCCUCUGGAUCACUCUACCUGCUGCCCUUUUCGUGUGCGGAGGAAUGCUCCUGUUCGGCAUUGGCAUCGCCCAGGGGAUCCCCUGCAUGUGGCCAACCAUCGGCUUCGCAAUGUUCGCCUUCGGCUUCAGCAUAUGUCUGUCCGUUGCAGUCGCGUAUCUCACCGACUGCUAUCACAACAUGAUAGGCGACGCAUUCGUUGGAGUUGCUGUUGCGCGCAACGCGCUUGGCGCAGUCGCCUCAAUCGGGAUAAUUCCAUGGAUAGAUAGCAUGGGGUUGCAAAACGUCUUCAUUCUGGGCACAGCCAUCUCCCCGCUGGUUCUCGGAAUCCCCGUCGUUUUGCUCUACUGGGGGCGAAAGGUCCGAUUUGUCACUGCCGACAAGUAUCGGCACUACUCUCUGGCUGCCAUUCCGCCUGCCAACAUGAAGGAAAUGCGUGUGGGCUGA